AUGACUAAGAGAACUAAGAAGGUUGGUAUUACCGGUAAAUUCGGUGUCAGAUACGGUUCUUCGUUAAGAAGACAAACCAAGAAGUUGGAAGUCCAACAACACGCUAAAUACGAUUGUUCAUUCUGUGGUAAGAGAACUGUCCAAAGAGGUGCUGCUGGUAUCUGGACUUGUAAAUCUUGCCGUAAGACUGUUGCUGGUGGUGCUUACACUGUUUCUACUGCCGCAGCUGCUACCGUUAGAUCUACCAUUCGUCGUUUAAGAGACAUGGCUGAAGCUUAA